CUUAUUGUUGUGAACGGCAUCUACACAGCUCUCUGGUCAAUUUCCUUACCAUGGCCAAUCUUAUCUUCGAAAACCCAGAUGACAUUUCAAGGUCUACUUCAGAUGCACCAACAAUGCACUACACAGUCAAAAUAAAAUCAUUUUCAUUACUUGCAAAGAAUUCAAUGGAAAGAUAUGAAACGGGGGAAUUUGAAUCUGGAGGUUACAAGUGGAAAUUGGUUAUCUACCCCAAUGGAAACAAGAACAACAAUGUAGACAAGCACAUGUCUCUCUACUUGGCCAUUGAAGCAGAAGAUUUACGGCCUCCUGGUUGGGAAGUGCAUGCAAUUUUCCGAUUUUUCUUGCAUGAUCAGAUCAGGGACAACUACCUGACUAUUGAAGAUACCAAAAAAAAGGAAAGGCUCUUUCGUGGAAUAAAGCUUGAGUGGGGCUAUGAUAAAGUCAUUCCUCUCAAAACUUUUAAUGAUGCCAGCAAUGGAUAUCUUGUUGAUGACACGUGUGUGUUUGGAGCUGAGGUCUUUGUUAGUAAGCAAAGAAGCAUGGACAAAGUAGAGUGUCUAGCACUAAUAAGGGAUUCCAUUACAAAAAAGUCUGUCAUUAGAUUCGAUUACUACUCUGAGUUGACCGGAGAAUCUCAUUACUCAGCGCCAUUCAAUGUUGGAAAUCAUAAAUGGAAGAUACGUAUCUGUCCCAUUGGAGAAGGCAUUGGAAUGGGUAUCUAUAAUUCUCUGUAUUUGGCUCUGGCUGAUCCAAAAAGCCUUCUUCCUGGUAUGAAAAUUUUUGCGGACUUCACGUUGCGCAUCCUGGACCAAGUAUAUGGGUGGCAGCAUCAAUAUGCUAAACUUAGCAGAUGGUUUAGUGCCUCAAGCCAUGAGCAUGGUUGGAACCGAUUCAUCUCAAUCAGUUCUUCCAAUCUGACCAACUUGGGUUUACUGAGGAGGGACACGAUGUUGGUGGAAGCAGAGAUCACUAUCCUUGCCGUGGUUAAUGCAACAUCCUGAGUUUAUCUGAUAUAAAUUUGAAAUCAUAUUAUGUAUAUAUGAAUGAUAGGGUUGCAGGCACUAUGUGCAUCAAUCCAAUUCCUAAAUUUCCUUCACAUACAUUCUGCGUGGAAAAUUACAAUAAAUGGUUUUUAAUUUAUACAUUAAUUUUGUCACUAUAUGACACGAUAGAGUUGCCAAUAAGCUCUAAUUCAAAUAUCAUCUCUUCUUCUUUUAACUUAUCAAAACUCAAAAGUAAUAAAAAGAGAGAAAGGGGAAACGUGCAAGGGUGAAAGACAGCAGUAGUGGAAGAGUAUAUCUAGCCACCACCAUCAUCUGCCCGAUUUAAGUAACUUGGAAUAAUGCAAUAUGCAAACAGGCAUAAAUAAUCUCAUUUCUUAAUAUUUAGAACUUUUCAAUGUUUACGGAAAAAGUAUUCAUAAGAUAAGUCAACAAUUCUUGAACGGGAUAAGAAAAUUAAGAGAAUCAACAAAACCUGAUAUAGGAAUCAUAUUUUUCUUUUUAGAAACAAAAAAGGGUUGCAAUGCAACACGAUGCGAGGACCUCCCAGGAGGUUGUCACCCAUCCUAAUAUUAAUUAUUCUCAAAUAUUUAGGAGUGUGAUAAUCUUAGAUAAAAUUUACAUAAGCGCAAUACUUUCUACUUUGUGAUAUAAAUAUGAACAAACUGGCUAUCCUCAGUGGCGACGCCACGUUAAGCUCAGGGUGUUCCCAGGAACACUCUGAA